CACCUACAACUUUCUUCACAAGCAUGAUCCUCUCAUAGAACAGCUACGAUGUGGAUCUUACCACUUGUUGGGUACAUAGGCCUGGCCUUGGGGUUUGGGUUCUUGACCCUCGCCAUCGCUUCUGGACUUUAUUACAUGUCCGAACUGGUCGAAGAACAUACAGUUAUCGCGAAACGACUACUUACACGGAUGAUCUAUUUGGUGAUCGGGGUACAGGUUCUGCUUUGCUUGAUAGAUGGCUUUCCUUGGACGCUCUCUCUUCUGAGCAUCUUUUCUCAUCUUGUCUAUCUCGGGAACAUGAGGAAGUUUCCAGUUGUGAAGCUUUCAGAUCCAUUAUUCAUUGCCUCUUGUGUCCUCGUGCUAUUGAAUCACUACGUGUGGUUCAACCACUUCUCCUUCGCCUCCCUAGCCAGAGCUCCUACUUCACGAUACGACCCUACAGCCCUUCCUACUUUCACCGAAAUCGCAUCCUACUUUGGCAUUUGUGUAUGGCUCGUACCAUUUGCACUCUUCGUAUCUCUCUCUGCAAGCGACAACGUAUUGCCAACCAUGGGUAGUGAGGCACCAGCAGGAGCAGCGACAACGAAGAGGCAAGGGAUGAUUAAGGUGGUUGUGGAUACUAUUCGAGAUUCAAUAGGAGAAGUGGGGCGAAAGCUAGGCUGGAGCAGACCGGAAAGGGACUUUUGAUGUAUGACUAUGGAGCAUUGCUGGCGUUGGUUGAGGAAUCUAGGACGGGACAGGACACGGCAUGUGGGAGUAUGAAAUAUCACAACAUUCUGAACUUCUUCCGAAACCUGUAUGUUACGAUGCGUGCAUUGUAUAAGCUAAUUAACGUGCAAGAUAAGCUCCAGUGGGUAUCUCCUGCUCCUGACGCCUUGGAAGUACUAAAGUAAGUGAGACAUGAGUACGUAUAGCAAAAGUGUGUAGCAAAAAUAUUGGCUUCUCAUUCCAGAACCCUCCC